CUGCCUUUAUUCUCGUUACCGCUAAAUGUGCCGCCAUUGCUGUCCCCAGACAACACCACAACUUCCUCGUCUUCACUCUCUCUCUCUCUCUCUCUCUCUCUCUCGGCCAUUUCACCAUUGCAGGCCGGCCGCCCUCCUCCAAAUUUGGCUCCUCUGUUGCUUCCCCUCCAACCCAAGAAUAGACCCUUUUCUGUUCCUCCCCCUGACGGUUUGGUCUGUUCCUGCCCGUCCCUAUAUUUCCUCUGUCAUCCUCUCUGUAACCCUUGUAGUAUAAUCCCGACAAUCCCGAAUUUCUAUUUCUGCUUCCCCGGCACGCAUUUUCUUGUUUCUCUCUCCCUUCCUCCCUUACCCAACUUUUGGGCAUUCUUAAAUUUUCCCUUUUUCGGUCAUGCCCAUGUUCGUCGAGAUCUUGGGGCCUGCAGCGGUGCUCUCACGGGCCCUGACAUUCCCUUUUUAGGGUUUCAGUUCUUGAUCUCUCCGUCGCCGGAGGGUUGAGGGGAUUUGAGACUGAACUCCUCCGAUGAUUCGUGCACUGUAAUGUAGCUGUAAAAAUCUCGACGUUCACUGCCAAAAAGGUGUCUAGUCUCUUUCUCGGCUUUGGUUCUGUGAGGAGAUGAGCUGCUUCUCUUGCAUUAGCUCUCGGCGUAAAGAUGUUAGCAGGAUUGAAAUCGACAAUGGCGUUCGAUCUAGCACCCGCUGCUCAGCUGAUUCCUCAGGAAGUGGGAGGAGAAGAGGGUCCAGGAGUGGGAACAGAAAAGGCGGGACAAGCCCAAAAGGAGCGGCAGCCCGUAGCUUCACGUUUAGGGAGCUUGCGACUGCUACAAGGAAUUUUAAGGAAGUGAAUUUGAUUGGGGAAGGGGGUUUCGGGAAGGUCUACAAGGGCCGACUGGAAACUGGGGAGGUCGUUGCGAUCAAGCAGCUCAAUCAUGACGGGCUUCAGGGGUUCCAGGAGUUCAUCGUGGAAGUUCUCAUGUUGAGCCUUUUACACCACCCGAAUCUCGUCACUUUGAUCGGUUAUUGUACCGAUGGAGAUCAGAGACUGCUGGUUUAUGAAUACAUGCCGAUGGGUAGUCUAGAAGACCAUCUAUUCGAUCUCGAGCCUGAUCAGAUGCCUCUGAGUUGGAGCACCCGUAUAAAGAUUGCUGUCGGGGCUGCCCGAGGCCUCGAGUACCUCCACUGCAAGGCAAAUCCGCCUGUUAUCUACCGUGACUUGAAGUCUGCAAAUAUCUUGCUUGAUAAUGAUUUCAACCCGAAACUCUCAGAUUUUGGGCUUGCCAAACUGGGCCCAGUGGGAGACAACACCCAUGUUUCCACAAGAGUGAUGGGGACUUACGGUUACUGUGCCCCAGAGUACGCCAUGAGCGGGAAGUUGACCCUCAAGUCCGAUAUCUACAGCUUCGGUGUUGUCCUUCUAGAGCUGAUCACGGGACGAAAGGCAAUAGACUGCUCAAGAAAGCCUGGAGAGCAAAACUUGAUUGCCUGGUCUCGGCCGUUUCUCAAGGAUCGAAGGAAGUUCAUCCAACUCGCGGAUCCUCUCCUCCAAGGCCGGUUCCCACUGCGUUGUCUCCACCACGCGAUAGCGAUCACCGCAAUGUGCCUUCAGGAACAGCCCACUUUCCGCCCUCUGAUCGGCGACAUAGUAGUAGCCCUCGAGUACCUGGCCUCACAGGGCAGCAGCAGUCCAGAGUCCCGGAGAGCCGGGACCCGGAGCCCGGGCCACGCCCGUUCGCCCUUGCACUAGCAGCAGCAACAUCUCGAUCGAGUGUGAAUGUAAUUAAGUUUGUCCGAUUCGACUCUAUGAGAAGUGGAAAAUGUGUAGCUUUUUUUUUCAUAUUUUUUCUUUCCUGUUUUAUUUUAUUUUAUUUUUGGUGUUUAGGAUCAUAUACAGGAAGAUUUUAGGGAAGAACAGAGCAGAGAACCACUACUACUAAUGUUGGAGGUUAAUAUUGCCCUGUCUGCUGUUCAGAUAUGCUUAAAUUGAUAAUAUUGUAGAAAGAUAUGUGGAAAAAUCUCUGUGCAUUACAUA